AUGGAACUAUGGAGUUUGAAAGUGAAGGAAACUACUGCUGUGAUGUUCCUUUUUAGUGUUCAAAAUGGGUCAUUUUUAUUGUCUGAGAUAGACACAGAGAACACAGUACAAUGUAUUCUUGAAACCCAACAUGAUAACCAGAAUAUAACUGAAGGAAACUUGGGAAAAUACAUGUCACAAUGUUGUACCAAAGCCAUUCCACACCCUAAAGCACAUGAUGGCCAGAAACUACCACCUGGAAAAGGUGGAAAACCUCGUUGGAUUCUUCAGUCUGAACAGGAGUUUUCGUGUCCUAUGUUAGCAUGUUUACCUCCUGUUCUGAUUGAGGCUGAGACAUGCUCGAAAAUGAUUUAG